CACACACACACGCACACACACACAUAUACGCACACACACAUACUGUUAACCCACUCUCUGACCACUGAUGCGAGCCAGUUGAAAACCACUCAUUCAUCUGGGAACUUUUAUGUUUGUGGCCAUUGUGAGCGUGACUUUGGUCUGUUUAGACUCAAAACUAUAACACUAACGUUACAAAAUCAGGCCAGUAAAAACAAGUUAGCUUUUGCUAAGGGAUCCCUCUUAGUGUUUUUUAUUCUGCUUUUUGUCUUCUGAUUUUCCACAAAUAACCCAUCCCUGUAUAUCCUGUCAAAGGAGAAUCUGUGAAAUAUAGGUUGUAUAUAAGCUAUACCAUAACCAUCAACUGUAGGUACAGAGAACAAACAGCAAGGUUUUUUACUUAGUUUAUUACUCAGUUUAUUACUAAGUAAAAUGUAUUUGGUAAGUGUGUUCAUUCCCAAUGACCGCCUCCAUCUGUUGUGUACUGAUAAGCUUGCUGUAUGGGCAUAUUUGCUGUGGUAUUCAGUGGUUUAACUUUAAUAGACUGCUAAGUAUAGGUUGUGUACUGAUGCCCACUCGUGGCCAGAGUAUGCAACUGCAUGUUUAAUAGGCAGGCUGUUAAUAUUAGGACUGAGAAUGGUUGUAAAGCUGGUCGUAAUGUGUGUGUGUGUGUGAGAGAGAUUGAAUGUCUAUUCAAUGUGGUGUGGGUGUUUGAAUUAAUUACUUAAAAAAAAAAAAAAUGCUGUAUGAUCAUUUUUGUUGUUGUUUCCCAUGUCUGCCUGUGUGGCGGCCAUAAAUGUGUCUUGCUAUUUGACUGUGUGCUUGUGUGUGUCUGUAUUUGUGUGUGUGUGUGUGUCUGGCUGGCUGUCUAACUGUGAGUUUGUCUAUAGCCUACAUAUGUAUGUGUCUGUUUGUGUGCGUGUGGAUGUUUGUGUGUGUGUGUGUGUGUGUGUGUGUGUGUGUAGGCACCCCCAUAGCUGAUCUGUCCCACGUGGCUCAUUGUUUCUCAGUGUCAGCGGCUGCAUUGUCACAGUGGCAGUGUUUGUGUAGCGCCUCUGUGUGUCCCAACACCGAGCUCCCGAACCUCCACCCCUACCCCCACCCUCUGCUCCAUCUCUCUCUCUCUCUUUUCUCUCUUUGUAUUGCUCUCUCUGCAUCUCUCUGCCCCCCUCUUUCUUUCCAUCUAUCUAUCUAUCUAUCUAUCUAUCUAUAUUUCUUUCUCUUUCUCACAUUUUUUGGUUUUCUUUCUCUUGCUCCCUUUAAUGUCCUUCUCACCCCCACAGCUUUUAUUUUGCCAUCAAGCAAGUCUUUUCUCUGUGUGAUAUUGCUAAUAUCCUUGAAUAAUAAGUCCUUUCUCUGUGUGAUAUUGCUAAUAUCCUUGAAUAAUAAAGGUAUUGGUGAAAGAGAGAAAAAGACUGAAAGAAGAGCGAGUGGGAGAAGGAGAUAAAGUUAUCACGCUCUCCCUAUUUUCACACUUGUAUUGUAAAAGACAAAAGGUUGUAACCUCCAAAACUCAUCAGGUGUGUGUUAGUGUGUGUAGAUUAGUCUGGUGAAACAUUAGGCUAGUAAUUUCUUUUUUUUUCUUUCUUUCUUUCUUUCUUUCUUUCUGUUUCUUACUUGCCCCUACUAUACUAUAAUGAUAUAUUCUCUCACGCCCUAUGGCCAUUCUGUCCAUAAAUGUGUCUGUCUUCUGAGAGGUUAAGAUGAGUACGGAUAAGGAAUGGAUGGAUGUAUACAGAAAAGGAAGAGAAAGAGAGAGAGCACAAGAGAGAGAGAGAGAGAGAGAGAUGUGUCCUCUUUCUCGAGAACAUUCUCUAACUGAAUUUUUUUUUCUGUUUACUUUUCCCUGGGGGUUGUAGGAUGGUGCAGAGAAUCACACACGUAGUUAAGUUCAGUUUCUCUCUCUCUGUGUGUGUGUGUGUGUGUGUGUGUGUGUGUGUUGGAUUUCCUAUUAAACAGGUUUCGAGACGAAGUGCAGUGCAACUGUCAGGGCUUUGAGGACUUACUUUUGAGGCCCCUCAUGUCCUAAAUGCAGAGUGCUUUAACAGUAGUAUCACUGAGCCAGCCAGCCAGCAGCCAUGACCAGGUCGCUGAGCCUAAAAAGAGUCGACAGAGAGAGACAGAGAGAGCGAGUGACUGAGGGAGGGGAAGAGCAAAUCAGAGAGAGAGAGAGAGAGAGAGAAAGAGUAAACGAGCGAAGAAGUGAAAUAAGCAAGUGUGUGGGUGAGAUAGAACGGGAGAGCAAGAAAGAGUGGGAGACAGAGAGAGCGAGAGAAAGAGAGAGAAGAGAGAAGAAGAAGAAGAAGAGAGUGGGAGCGAGAGAGCAACAGUGAGGGAAAAAGACCGUGAAGCGAGAGAGAGACAGUUUAUGAAAAAGAGUAACUCAUAGCAGCACUGCCUGACUGAACAGGGGGCAGGAGAGAGAGAGAGAGAGAAAGAGAGAGGAGUGGAAAGAGAAAGAGGAGUGUGAACGAGAGGGGCGGAGAGAGAGAUAGAGGGAUGGAGUGAGAGAGGGAGGAGAAGAGCAGAGGCGCAGAGCUAGCCCACCAGCUGAUGGGCAGGACUGUUCGCACAGUGCCGCCGAGAGAGGCGACCCCUUCGGGAGUGGAAAAAUCUGCCUCUGUGUGCCUUCAGAGAGAAAGAGAAAGAGAGAGAGAGAGAGAGAGAGAGAGAGAGAAAGAGAGAGGGAUUCCACCACGGACACGAGUUGAGAGGGACACAACCACAGGGCUGUAGCGAAACCAGAGCAAAAUCACCACGGACCAAAACUGGACUCCCACUCCCUACAGGGCGAUAGAGACUUUCCUCUGGUUCUUUUGGCCAAAACUGGACCCGACAGUGGACCACACAGUUCCUGGGGAUAAACCUACAGAUAGUUCUGCUUUGCUCAAACUGGACAUGCCUAGUGGGACACGACUGUUGUUGUUUUUUUUGUAUGCUCCCUUCUGAGAAAAAAGUUGGACCUCUCCACCUCAGGAGCACCGAUUUGACUGGUUCUCGCUUCUCCUCUGGUGGUCUUGCUGGGGGAGCAGACAGAGGGAGAUAAGAGCCGAGUUAACGGCAGCCUGUCUGGAAGACCGGAGGGCUACGGAGAUGAGCUGUGAUGAGCUUUGCUUCGUGCCUAAAGGGAGUGAGAUCAGCUGUUUGUCUGUGUGCAGCCCGGCCGGCACACUUCCAACAGCAGCAAGAGCAGCGGGAGCAGGGGCAGGGGCGGUCCUGAAUGCUAGCUAGGCUAACCCUAGGCUAGCCACUGGCCAGUGGCAAUUGGACAGAGAUUAAAAGGCUAACCAAACCUGGGAGACUGGAUGUUUUAACUGUACUUCAAAGACACUAAUUCAAAUUAUUUUUAAAAGAUUUCAGAAUCAUAAACUGGGACUGGGACUGGACUGUUGUAACAAGGGAUUUGGUAGGAGAAACUUGAGCUUGGUGUCUACGGUGCUACUGUGCUUAGGAGGUCCUGGUUCUGGUCUUGAGGAGCUUCGGCUUAGUGGCACAGCCAAAAUGGCGCCCUUCCAUUCUCUCAAGCAUUGAUCACAAGCGGUGCUUUGCAACUGGCAUGACUGUUUGGUGUGCCUUGGAUCCAAGAUGGCGGCUGAAGGAGUAAUUGGGAAUGACAUGGAUUGUUGGGAAUUGGUGCUGGAACACCUUGGAGAUUGGGAACUUUGACGAAAGGAGUUAUGAUCUUGUAGGGAUUACGCCCUGGAGAAUCAUGUUCUCUUGUUUGCAUUUGUUCAACUUUAGCAUUUGUACUCAUCCAUCACUUGAUUAAUGGACGCAUUGCAGAACAAGCUUAGGAUAGAUUCAGAAUGAGCCGAUUGAACACUUAUGUCUCGUAGAAAGCAAGAUGGAGUUUGUGCAUAGAUGUGCUUGUGUCUGUGUGCAGUCUGAACAUAGGGAAUCAAUGAGAAAACCAUGGUAAACUUCAUUCUGUGUUGACCUCAACAGUGUUCAGGACAGCAUCGGGUGUUAUUCUAGUGCUUGAGGGUGCAGGGUGUGUUUCUGUACGUGCACACACACGUGUGUAGGCUAUGUGUGUCUUUGUGUGUUCUGAGGGACAUAUAGACACAAACUGAGCAGCACCCUACUCAGUUGUGACCACUCGGCUGGAGUUUAGGUGGUGAGUGUGUGUGUGUGUGUGUGUGUGUGUGUGUGUGUGUGAGUGAGUGCGUGUGUGUGAGUGUGUGAGAGAGAUGUGGGCGCGGCGGCGCUCCAUCUCGGGGGUCCCGGCACCCCCCGGGCUCCACUGGUGCUUCGAGUUCCCGGUGGGCGUGGACUGCAGCGGCCCCGAGCCUCGCUGCAUCUGGUUAGCCGUGCUCCGGAGUGGACGGGUCCCCAGGAGGGACACUCUGCACCGCCAACACCACUGGGCUAAAGGGCGGAAAGAUGGUAUUCCAUCAGCCAAUGAGAGGGCUCGGCCACUGUCGGGAGAGGGCGUGGCCUGCCAGGGCCCGCGAACUGUGGUGCUGCAGAAGAAUUCACAGGGCUUCGGCUUCACGCUGCGCCACUUCAUCGUCUACCCGCCCGAGUCGGCACUCCACACCACCUUCAAGGAUGAGGAGAAUGGUAACGGAAAAGGGUGCCAGCGCGGUCGUCUGGAGCCGAUGGACACCAUCUUUGUGAAGAGUGUGAGAGACAAGGGACCAGCGCACCAGGCUGGACUCUGCACAGGGGACAGACUGGUGAAGGUAAAUGGGGAGAGUGUGCUGGGGAAGACCUACUCUCAGGUGAUUGCACUCAUCCAGAACAGUGACAGUGUGCUGGAACUCUCCAUCAUGCCCAAAAAUGAGGAUGUGUUGCAGUUGGCGUACUCUCAGGAUGCAUACCUGAGGGGGAACGAGCCCUACACAGGCGGAGCAGAGAACCUUCCGGAACCUCCUCCCAUUUGCUACCCUGGCCGCAAGCCCUCGGCAGCGGGCCUUCAGGCCCACCCCAACCACGCCCCGCAGGCGGGUCAGAACCACAGCCAGGUGGACAACCUCAACUGCUGCCCCGGCGCCAACCCGCUGGGCUCCCCCCUGGACAACCGCAUGGGGAUGCCCCCACCCUCAGGCGCAGGAGGAGAUGGGGGCUACCGUGCCGAGGACACUACCCCCACUUCGGUGGGCGCCACGCGGCACCACCAAGUGCCACCGCAGCUUCCCCCCCAGGGCCACCCGCGCGGGCGCUCUUCCUCGUCGGCAAGCAUUGCCAUUAGCCCACUGGACUUCCACUUCGCCAACCACAACGCGGCCAUCGCCUCGGCCUCGCUGCCGCCCAAGCGCAAGGGCAGCCUGCCAGGGGCGCGCAGCGAGAUGUGCCACCGUGCCCUCUCUGACUGGUACUACAGCCAAGCGGGUGCCGCCACCGCAGAGCGCCCGGGGAUGCCCGUCUCGCCGCGCCAGCGCAGCAUCUCGCAGGACCGGCUGGCCGAGCUCGGCCUGUCAAUGGGCAAUCACCACCACCACCGGAUGGGCGGUGCGUGGCCGCACAGCGCCUCUCAGGACACGCUGCUGUUGCAUUAUGGGGCGGCGCUGGGGGGCGGUGGAGGGGGGCAGGGGCAGGACUCGUUCUGGCUGGGCGGCUGGGGCACGGGGGGGCCGACGAGCCGCUCGUGUUCCGAGAACCUGCUGGCGGCGUACGAGACGUAUGACCACGCCUACGAGCGCUCGCUGGAGACGCUCGAGCAGGCCUCCGCCCUCGUCUCACCGCGCUACGAGAGGCCCCCCUGGCCUCACCACAGCCAGCCAAUGAGGGCCAGCGACAGGACUGGGCCAGCCAGUCACAGGACGGCAAUUGCUGCCACGGUCCCGCCUCCAGGCCGAACCGGCCAAGCGCAUCACCACCACCACCACCAACAACAGCAGCAGCAGCAGCAGCAGCAGCAGCAGCAGCAGCAGAAGCUGGCGCAGGCCAGACGCCUCCCGGCUGCGCAGACGGUGGACGACCAGACAGUCGGUUACCGUAGCUACAGCCCAUCAUUUUGCCGAAAGGCGGGCCACCUCAUGCAGCAGUCCCACUCCUUCCGCGACCCCUCUUAUACGGGCCCGCACCUCAACUGGACCCCCACCCCCAAAACCAGCCCCCCGAGGCCGACCCCUCCACCCCCUCGCCCUCCACUACCACCGACUCCCAGGAGUCCGCCGGCCGGAAGGGCUCCGGCAGCUCGGGGCAGGUGGAGGAGACCGUCGUGGCGCAGACGGUCACGCAGACGCAAGCGCAGUCGCCAGCGCUGCAGACCCAGGGUGGUGUUGAGGCAGAAGCCACCUGCAGGACGGCGGAACGCCCAGGCCAUGCGGCACACGUACUACGCCCUGCCCGUGGACACGGCGGACUCCCUGACCGCCACCUCCCUGGCGCUGCCGGGCCGGGCCGAGCCCCAGCGCCGACCCAACGGGAGAGUGGCACCCCAGCCUGCGGAGCCGGACUCCCUGGCAUCCAUCCCCUUCAUAGACGAGCCCACCAGUCCCAGUGUUGACCUGUGUGCCCGCCACGUGCCCGCGUCCUCCGUGGUGUCCAGCAGUCUGUGCCCCCCAGCGGUGCCCGCGCUCGCGCCCGCACCCGCACCUGCGCCCGCCCCCACUUCCACCAGCCCCCUUUCUCCCCCCCUCACCUUCCCCCUCACCCAGCUCUUCUCCUCCGAAUGCAGCAAUGCCAAGAACAGCCGUCGCUCUUCCUACCUGUUGGCCAUCACCACCGAGCGCUCCAAGUCAUGUGACGAGGGUCUCAACACCUUCAGGGAGGAGAGCCGCGUCUUCUCGCGGCUGCCCAAGAGAGUCAAGAGCUUCUUCACCGAUGGGUCGCUGGAGAGCUUGCGGGCAGCAGAGGAGGCACGCUCCAAGCGGCACUCCACCUCGGAGCUGGGCAGCAUCACGCUGACGGACGUGCGCAAGGAUGGCUGGCUCCACUACAAGCAGAUCCUCACGGAGAAGGGCAAGAAAGUGGGUGGCGGCAUGCGUCCAUGGAAACGCGUCUUCUCCGUGCUGCGCUCCCAUUCGCUCUUCCUCUACAAGGACAAGCGGGAGGCGGUACUUCACGGCGCCGGUGCGGGAGGCCACGGCCCCGCCCACGGCGAGGACGAGCAGCCAAUCAGCAUCCGCGGCUGCCUGAUCGACAUUGCCUACAGCGAAACGAAGCGUAAGCACACGCUGCGGCUGACCACGCAGGACUUCUGCGAGUACCUGCUGCAGGCCGAGGACCGCGAGGACAUGCUGGGCUGGAUCAGGGUCAUCCGGGAGAACAGCAAGACUGACAGCGAGGACUUGGGUUUCUGUCGUCAGGCUCUCAUCAAUAAAAAACUGAACGACUACAGGAAACAGAGUCCGACGGGCAGCAAGCCGGACACCUCGCCUCGGGUCCAUCGCAUGAUGCCUCCCUUCCUGCUUUCCAAGACGGAGAACACUUCCGGGACCAACCGCUCCCCCAAAACAGACGGCAAAGAUGAGAGUAGCCCCCCUAAGACCCCCUGGGGGAUCAACAUCAUGAAGAAGGGCAAGAAGACCGGGCCCAAGGUGUUUGCGGUGCGGCUGGAGGACUGCCAGCCUGGUGUCGACAAUAAGUUUGUGCCCUUGAUAGUGGAGGUGUGCUGUAGCCUGGUGGAGACGAUGGGUCUGGACUACACGGGCAUCUACAGGGUACCUGGGAACAACGCCAUGGUGUCCUCACUACAGGACCAACUCAACAAGGGCAUGGAGAUCAACACUGCUGAGGAGAAAUGGCAGGACCUGAACGUCAUCAGCAGUCUUCUCAAGUCCUUCUUCAGGAAACUUCCGGAACCUCUCUUCACCGACGAUAAGUAUAAUGACUUCAUCGACGCCAACCGGCUGGAAGAGGCAGGGGACAGACUGAAGACCAUCCGCAAGCUGAUCCAUGACCUACCAGAUCAUUACUACCACACCCUGAAGUUUCUGGUUGGCCACUUGAAGACAGUGGCGGAUAAUUCAGAGAAGAAUAAGAUGGAGCCGAGGAACUUGGCGCUGGUGUUCGGGCCCACUCUGGUGCGGACCUCCGAGGACAACAUGACGGACAUGGUCACGCACAUGCCCGACCGCUACAAGAUCAUAGAGACGCUCGUCCUCCAUCAUACCUGGUUCUUCAGUGAUGAGCUGGACAAGGAUGAGAAGACACCCGAGGACCAAAGGGACCAGCAGCCGGUCCCCAACAUCGACCACCUCCUCCCCAACAUCGGCAGGACCCUGCCCCUGUGCGACGCCUCAGAUUCCACCAACAGUGAUUCCAUUAAAUCCAAGGACUCCCCAGCUUCAAAGAAGGACUUGAGUGCUAAGGACUUCCUUUCCCUGUCAAUCAUCUCCGCUGUCACCCGGAAACGUAAGAAGCACCAAAGCGCCUGUCCCCCCGGAAACAGCACCGAUGAGGACUCCGAGCACGAGCCAAUUAAAGCCAGCAACUACGGGGGAAAGAAGGACGGGGCAGAGGAUGAGGAGGAUGAAGAUGGCGAUGAGGAGGAAGAUGAUGAGGAAGAUGAGGAAGAGGAUGAGGAGGAGAGGACGGGAGGAUGUGCCAUUGUGGGCUCAGAGAGACAAGAGGAUGAAGAAGGGAUAGAGAGAGAGAGAGAGAAGACAGAGGGAGAGCAAGGUUCUCAAAGAGAAUUUGGGGGAAGAGGAGAAGAGGAGGAGGAGGAGGGAGAAAGCAAGAGGGACCUGAAUCAGAGGGACAGGCAAGAGGGGAGGAAGGGUGGUCAGGUUAGGGGUGCCGCAGCCUGGCAAGGGGAGGGCAACUACUGCAUCAUGACACCAGGAGGGCAGGUCAAGGCCAAAGAGGAGGGAGAGAUACGCCAGGGAGGGCAGGCGAUGCCCCAAGUGCGCCAGCCUCCGCCACGCAGCUUCCUCUACAUGCACGCGCGCCACUCAACGAAAUCCCAGCCACCCGCUGUCUCGCCUCCAACUUCGCCGCUCCACCCCUCCUCUUCCUCCUCUCUCCUCUCCUCCCCCUCGCCCUCCCUCUCUCCCACCUCCCCCACCAGCACCAGCUCCCCCACCUCCCUACCCCAGGGCGACCCCCUGACCCGGAAGAAGUUGAGGAGGCGGGAGCGAGUGCGGCCCCACUCCAUGUACUCAGAGUCACGCAGUACCUGCAGGGUAGCGGACCAACAGGGUAGCACCACGGGUUUGAGCCCAACCGGAACACAGGGCGCCACCACACAAACCUCCACUCACCACCCAGAGAGUCUCCAUGCUUCCACUGCUGCUGCCUCCCCCCGUGCCCCCGGAUGUCACCCAUCUGGCUGGGCAGAGCAAGCCCGCACCAGCCCCCCGCCUGUCCCCGCCGGGCAGGUGUGGAGGUCUGGACGCCCCAUCUCCCCAGAGACACGCCGGAGGCGGCGAGACUGGCGGCGCCACACGGUGGUGGUCGGCAUGUCAGGGGAAGGGUGACUAGGUGGAGGAGGAGGCAGAGCGCCCAAGACCCCCUACCGCCAUCACCGCCGCUGCCACCACAGCGUGCCAUCCCAGUGCCAAGCAGAGGUCGGAGUCCGACCCCUCCACAGCCGCCACCUCUCUUAAGCACCCCUCAGCACUGCAGUGGCCCUCCCCUCUCUCUCUGCCCCCCUGCCCUCUGUCUCAGGAAGCAGGGGGCUUCAGUGGCAGCUAUAUGAUCUCACGCCAAAGUCAAGAGAGCCACCAGGAUCCAUUUUGUUUCCAAAACAAAACAUAUCAGCAGUGACUUGUUUUCUUAUCUGAGUACUCUUAUCAGAGUAAGAAUAAAGGGGAAAGAGGUUGUCUAUAGGGAAACACAAUGUACUAUAACUACAACAGCGAUGACAGUGGUUUAAUAAUGGUUAACAGUGGCUGACCAGUGUUUCUGCGAACAGUGUUGUAGUUUGAACAGUUGAAAGGGGUUGUAUUGAGAGACACAACCCCAACCCCAUACCCCAAAGAGGUUCCAGAAUGCAACCCCCUACCCAUACACUCCACACACACACACACACACACCACACAUUUUAAUUUUUCCAUUCAGAACCCAGUCUGCUGGGUUUCAAAUAUUGACCUGGAAGUGAAACAGGCCCCGUUGCCAUGUCAACCCUAAUCUCCCUUUAAUGACUUACAAUGUUUGCCCUGUUUGUCUGUGUAGCAUCUGUCUGUCCUCUGUGCAUGUACAGAAUGUGGGUUAUUAUGUGUGGACCAAUUUUUUGUAACAAUUGUACAAAAGCCUUGCUAAGUUAACCCCCUUGUGUACAUAUGAUACAUAUAAUAUAUUAUAUUAUUUGUUUUUGAGUAUUUUUAAUGGUUUGGAUUAAUGGGCUAUGACCUGCCCUCUGAAA